GAAUAAACUUCUGUUUGUUAAAGCCAUCCACUUGUGGUAUUUCUGUUAAUAGCAGCACUAGAUAACUACGACAGUCCUUAUUUUAAAAUAAAGCAAGAAUUCAGCACAUGCCAUUGUUGUGUUGCUACCCAGGGAAGUGGGCUAUAUCGCUGGCCCCUGACUUGGUAGCAUGGAACUACUUCAAGGCGACCUCCGCCAGCCCCUGGAGUAUGUGAAGGAUGUCCCACUCAUCAAGUACUUUGCAGAGGCGCUGGGGCCACUACAGGACUUCCAAGCCUGGCCCGAUGAUCUGCUUGUCAGCACCUACCCGAAAUCUGGUACCACCUGGGUGAGCGAGAUCCUGGACAUGAUCUACCAGGGUGGCGAUCCAGACAAGUGUAGCCGGGACCCAAUCUUCAUCCGGGUGCCCUUCCUCGAGUUCAAGGCCCCGGGGGUUCCCUCAGGUCUUGAGUCCCUGAAGGAUAUACCAGCUCCCCGGAUCCUCAAGACGCACUUGCCUCUGGCCCUGCUCCCCCAGUCUCUGCUGGAUCAGAAGGUCAAGGUGAUCUAUGUUGCCCGCAAUGCAAAGGACGUGGCUGUCUCCUAUUACCACUUCUACCACAUGGCCAAAGUGCACCCUGAUCCUGGCACCUGGGACAGCUUCCUGGAGAAGUUCAUGGCUGGGGAAGUGUCCUAUGGGUCCUGGUACCACCACGUGCAGGAAUGGUGGGAGCUGAGUCACACCCACCCUGUUCUCUAUCUCUUCUAUGAGGACAUGAUGGAGGACCCCAAAAGGGAGGUUAAGAAGAUCUUGGAGUUUCUGGGGCACUCCCUCCCUGAGGAGACUGUAGAUCACAUCGUCCAACGUACGUCUUUCAAGGAGAUGAAGAAGAAUCCCAUGACUAACUACAGCACUUUGCCCCUUGAAAUCAUGGACCAUGGCAUUUCUGCCUUCAUGAGGAAAGGCACCACGGGGGACUGGAAAAAUACCUUCACUGUGGCCCAGAACGAGCGCUUUGACAUCCACUAUGCUGAGAAGAUGGCAGGCUCACCCCUCAAUUUCCGUUCACACCUGUGAGAGGUGUUAACAGGGGAGUGGUGUAAAACAAGGCUGGUGUGGCCUCAAGGAUAAAAUAUGGUUUGUGUUAAACGGAGAGCCUCUGUUGGAAACAAAGAGAGUAA